CGGAGCGUCCGGGACGAGGAUGCGAGGUUCGGGGCGGGGGGCGGCCGGCCUCCUCUGGCCCUUCGUGCUGGGGGCGGCGGCCGCUCAGCUGGUGCAGCCUUCCACGGCCCCGCCCAAGCCGAAGCCGCCCCCGCUGACCUCGGAGACGGUGGUCUUCUGGGGGAUGAGGCUGUGGCAGGUGGUCGGCAUAUUCGCCCUCUUCGUCCUGUCCGUCGUCGUCACCCUCUGCUGCGUCUUCAAGUGCCGCGUGCCCAGGACCCGCAAGGAGAUCGAAGCCCGCUACCUGCAGAGGCAGGCCGCCAAGACCUACGCCGACAAGCUGGAGACGGUGCCUCCCCUCAACGAGCUGACCGAGAUCCCGGGAGAGGGGAAGAAGAAGAAAGCCGGCGUGGCCACCGUCUCCGAGACGGUGGACGAGGCCGAGGGCGGCAAGAAGGCCGAGAAGAGGGGGGACGUCAAGGAAGAGCCCGGGGCCGAGGACCGAAAGAGAGAGAAGAGAGGCGGCGGAGGAGACAAGAAAGAAGGCGGCGGCGGGGAGAAGAAAGGCGGCGGCGGGGAGAGGAAAGCGGGCAGCGGGAAGAAGAAGGCAAGGGAAGGCCCCAGGUCCGCGAAGAAGAAACGAGUGCCCUCCUGAGCGAGGUGCCUCCAAGGGGGCAUCGGGGCAGGGGGGCGUCUAGACUUC